UCAGCACAAAAUCAAUAUAGACACCCGCUUGUGCGCUCCAGUUUUUGGGAUCAGCCACCGAUCAUAAGUUUGUGAAGUUUCAAGGGCACACCGGCGGUAGAUAUGGCUCCAGUUCGAGUUGUUGCGGUGGUGCUGCUGGCGGUCGGCUGCGUGCUGCUGUCAGUGGCCGCGGACAGCGCAGCCUCGCCAUCCCCGCAGCCGAUCGUCUGGCAGAAGGCGCAUGCCACGUUCUACGGCGGCGCUGACGCCUCCGACACCAUGGGUGGCGCGUGCGGGUACGGCAACCUGUUCUCGGAAGGGUACGGGACGCGCACGGCGGCGCUGAGCACUGUGUUGUUCAACGACGGUGCCGCGUGUGGGCAGUGCUACAAGAUUGCAUGCGACCGCAAGCGAGCGGAUCCGUUGUUUUGCAAGCCCGGCGUUACGGUCACCGUCACAGCCACGAAUUUCUGCCCGCCCAACGACGCCCUCCCUAAUGACAACGGUGGGUGGUGCAACCCCCCUCGGCCGCACUUCGACAUGGCCCAGCCCGCUUGGGAAAAGAUCGGCGUUUACCGAGGUGGCAUCAUCCCUGUCAUGUACCAAAGAGUUCCUUGCGUGAAGCGGGGUGGCGUGCGAUUUAGAAUCAACGGCCAUGAUUAUUUUAAUCUUGUGCUUGUGAGCAACGUUGCUGCAGCCGGCUCAAUCAAGUCCAUGGAUGUCAAGAGCUCCGAUUCCGAUGGUUGGAUGCCGAUGGCACGCAACUGGGGUGCGAACUGGCACUCGUUGGCAAACCUCUCUGGCAAGACGCUCUCCUUCAGACUAACCAACACCGAUGGACAUACCUUAGUGUUCGACGAUGUUGUGCCAAGGGGAUGGAACUUUGGGCAAUCAUUCCCUAGCAAAUUACAGUUCAAGUGAGCAAUGUCUGCGGACCAACUAAUUACCAGGGUCGGUGAUGGAUUUGUGAAGAUAAUGCGGUGCAUAGAGCAUAUGCGAAUUGUUGUGCUUCAUGUGUGUGCUACUUGUAGCUUAUUUUAUAUGUCAAAUUUGUUGAUAUUCACUUUGUAAUUUGAUGAUGUAUAUAAGAUCCAAUUCAUUAUAUUGUUAUGUAUAUAUUCUUCAAUUUC